AUGGUCAAGGCUGUUGUUGCUGGCGCCUCUGGUGGCAUUGGCCAGCCCCUCUCUCUCCUCCUCAAGACCUCUCCUCACAUUGACGAGCUCGCCCUGUACGAUGUCGUCAACACCCCCGGUGUCGCUACCGAUCUCUCUCACAUCUCCUCCCGCGCCAAGACCACUGGCUACCUUCCCGCCAACGAUGGCGCUAAGGCUGCCUUCAAGGACGCUGACAUUAUUGUCAUCCCCGCUGGCAUUCCUCGCAAGCCUGGAAUGACCCGUGAUGAUCUCUUCAAUAUCAAUGCUGGCAUUGUCAAGGGUCUCAUCGAGGUCGCUGCUGAGGUCGCCCCCAAGGCUUUCAUCCUCGUCAUCUCCAACCCAGUCAACUCGACUGUCCCCAUCUCUGCCGAGGUCCUCAAGGCCAAGGGUGUUUUCAACCCUCAGCGUCUCUUUGGUGUCACCACCCUCGACAUCGUCCGUGCUGAGACCUUCGUUGCUGAGAUCACUGGCAAGGCCAACCCCCAGGAGCUGACCAUCCCCGUCAUUGGUGGUCACUCUGGCGAGACCAUUGUCCCCCUCUUCAGCAAGGCCUCUCCUUCAGUUCAGAUCCCCGACGACAAGUACGAUGCUCUCGUAAACCGCAUUCAGUUCGGCGGUGACGAGGUUGUCAAGGCCAAGGACGGUGCUGGUUCCGCCACCCUGUCCAUGGCCUAUGCCGGUUUCCGAUUCGCCGAGAAGGUUCUCCGUGCCGUCAAGGGCGAGAAGGGCCUUGUUGAGCCUAGCUACGUCUACCUUCCCGGUGUUCCCGGAGGUGAGGCCAUCGCCAAGGAGACUGGCUGCGACUUCUUCUCUGUCCCCAUCGAGCUUGGUCCCAACGGUGCUGAGAAGGCCACCAACCCCUUCGAGGGCAUUACCGAGAAGGAGAAGGCUCUGCUAGCCAAGGCCACCGAGGGCCUCAAGGGCAACAUCACCAAGGGUGUCAGCUUUGUCCACAAUCCUCCCCAAAAGUGA